GACGGAAUCAAUUCAAAGAGGUGUAGGAUGUGGACUCCGGUCACCGGCGGGCGGGAGAGAUGGAAUUUAUUUUGAACCCAGGGAUUUUUCUUAUGUCAGUUGUUAGUUAAGGAAAAUCUACGAUGGAUUGGAGGCAAGACAAGUUGACAUAUGGGGAGCACGGACUGGACGUAAUAGGACGAAGAGAGAUAAUUCAAUCCCUCGUGACUCUUGCCCAAAGACAGCUUCGCAAGUUGAACCUCCGGUGGUGAGCUGGACAGCGAUGCGAACAAGGCUCUCGCUGGCAGUCGGCCAACGCGCCGUGGGGCCUCUCUUGUUUAGUCCGUGCACCACUCAGGCUUUGUGCAACCACCCCUCGAAGUUAUGCACACUGUUUUAUGCAGCGCAGGAAGUUAAGAGGUGCAGCGUUGCAAACAACUUGCGCCAGCAGCAAGAGCUCCAUUUUGAAUCAAUCGAGCCUCCACGACCCGCGAAAGCCCACUUGCUUGUUGCCCUGGGGCCGGACAGCAAACGACAACAACAAAACGAACCAAUCGAGCGACUAGUUUCCCUUCCGUUUUCAUAUACAGAGCAUAUCAAGAUGUCGGGCAGAUACGCUUUCGCCAAGGGCCUCAAGGAGGUUCGCUUCCUCUUCUGCCAGACUGGUGAGCACAGCGCUGCUACUCGGUCCUUCCUUAGCCGCGCAUACCCAAUCAUGAAGAAGAACAACCCAUCGACACCCAUCAUGCUCCGCGAGGCCCAGGGCACACUCCCCAAGAUCUAUGCGAGAUAUGGACUUGGUCAGGAGAAGAGCCAGUCAUUAGAAGGACUUUCCGACAAGCAGAUCGAGGAUGCCGUCACACAGCUCGUCAAGAACGAGACUUCAUAA